AUGACCGCUAUGCAACGUCAUUACAAGCUUCGUGACCAACAACCACAGCAAAAUCCAAAUGAAAAUCCAACAGACGUAACAAAAGUUGCAAUUUCAGUAAUGGAAGAAAAUCAACGAUUGCGAAAAGAAAUGGAGGAGCUUAAAAAUCAGAGAAUUAAAGAAAUUGAAACUAUUUGCGAUGAUCAAAAAGAUGGAACUUUCGAUACGGAUCCAAAAUCGCUUUUAGAAAAGAUGGCGAGGACAUCAAUGUAUACAGAUGACUUUAUCAAGUUGAAAGAAACAGAAAUUAAAGAAGAAGAGGAUAAACAUGAAGAAGAAGAAAAUAACGAUCUCUUUGACGGAGAAGAUGAAGAAGACUACAAAACACAGCUUGAAAAAGCAAAUGAAACCAUAUCACAAUUACUAUCAAUUAUAUCGGAAAAAGAUGAAAUAAUAAAUGAAUUGCAUAAACAAAUAGAAGAAUUGAAGAAACCUAAGCAAGAAGAAAGUUUCGCACCUCAGAAGCGUGUAAUUUUGGAAGAAGACAGUAUUUCUUCGCAAGUUUCUUCAAGAUCUCGAAUUCCAAGGCCAGCGCCUUCUAAGUCAUCAACCCCUAAGCCUUCAAAACCUGAACAGAAAUUUGCUUCGAAGUCACCAAAUAAUCGAAGAACGAGAGCCCCUCAAUUUGAUGAAUAA